CUGUUCUGCCUCGCGGCUGCCGCCCCCUUACACACGGUCACGCUGAGCUAGCGCCCGGGCCUGGAAUCGGGCUUCAGUCUUCUCAGCCGCGCCCUCCUUCUCCCGCCUCCUGCGGACCAUGGACCCCCGCAAAGUGAGCGAGCUGCGGGCCUUCGUGAAACUGUGUAAGCAGGACCCGAGUGUCCUGCACGCUGAGGAAAUGCGCUUUCUGAGGGAGUGGGUGGAGAGCAUGGGUGGUAAAAUACCACCUGCUACUCAGAAAGCAAAAUCAGAAGAGAGUACCAAGGAAGAAAAAACAGAUAAUAAGAUGCCAGAAGAAAGCGUAAAGACAGAUGAACCCUCAAGUGAAGAAAGUGAUCUAGAAAUUGACAAUGAAGGUGUGAUUGACCCAGACACAGAUGCCCCUCAAGAAAUGGGAGAUGAAACUGUAGAGAUAACUGAAGAGAUGAUGGAUCAGGCAAAUGACAAGAAAGUGGCUGCCAUUGAUGCCCUCAGUGAUGGUGAACUACAGAAAGCCAUCGACUUGUUCACGGAUGCCAUCAAAUUGAAUCCUCGAUUGGCCAUUCUGUAUGCCAAGAGAGCCAGUGUCUUCAUCAAAUUACAGAAGCCAAAUGCUGCCAUCCGAGACUGUGACCGAGCCAUUGAAAUUAAUCCUGAUUCAGCCCAGCCCUACAAGUGGCGAGGCAAAGCACACAGACUUCUGGGCCAUUGGGAAGAAGCAGCACAUGACCUUGCUCUUGCUUGUAAACUGGACUAUGAUGAAGAUGCUAGUGCAAUGCUGAAAGAGGUUCAACCAAGGGCCCAGAAAAUUGCAGAACAUCGGAGAAAGUAUGAGCGAAAACGUGAAGAGCGAGAGAUCAAAGAAAAGAUAGAAAGGGUUAAGAAGGCUCGGGAAGAACAUGAAAGAGCCCAGAGGGAGGAAGAAGCCAGACGACAAUCUGGAGCUCAGCAUGGCUCUUUUCCAGGUGGCUUUCCCGGGGGAAUGCCUGGUAAUUUUCCUGGGGGCAUGCCUGGAAUGGCAGGUGGCAUGCCUGGGCUCAAUGAGAUUCUUAGUGAUCCAGAGGUUCUUGCAGCUAUGCAGGAUCCAGAAGUUAUGGUGGCCUUCCAGGAUGUGGCUCAGAACCCGGCAAAUAUGUCCAAGUAUCAGAGUAACCCUAAGGUCAUGAAUCUCAUCAGUAAAUUGUCAGCCAAAUUUGGAGGUCAAGCCUAAACGUCUUCUGACAAAGCCCUUGCUGAAGGAAAAGCAACCUAGAGCAUUCUGUGGAUGUCGCAAUAAUACAAACCAGUGUACCUCCGACCUUCUAAUCAAGAAAGCUGGGGUGC